UUUGCUUCCAGGGGUGAGCAGACAGGUAAAAGUUGCAGCGUCAGAAGUUUCUCCCUCUCCGUCCUGAAUUAACUAGUAGAGGAAGGAAGCUGUUUACUUUUGGAGGUAGCGUCUGAUCUCGCGCCCCCCACCCCCCCCCCCCACGCAUGCAGGUCCUGACGGUGAGCGACUGUGCAGCCGGAGGCGGGGACCGUGCACUUCUGUAAAUGGGUUAAACGAGACAGACGGACAGGUAGAUAGUUUUUUUUUUGGGAGAAUGCCGUGACGCAGGCGGGUUGGAUUGAAGGGAGAAAAAAAAAAAAAGGCCACGCGGAUCAUGGAGUUUCUGAGGAGCCUGGUUCCUCACGCCAUCUCGGGAGAGGGGCCCGUGGAGCACUGGGGAGUCUUGCCCCGGGACACGGGCCCGCGGCUCCUCGGCAUCAGGCGCCUGGGCCUGCUGGCCAUGGGCCAGACCGUCGAGGAGGUCCCGGUGGAGCCGAUCCCAGAGGUCGAUCCGGGGGACGGCUCCUCCAACAUGGGCCGCUGGAACCGAACCGGCCUCAAAGGAAACAUCCGUCAUAUUAGAAAAUUCUCCUUUUUUCGCCACGCUGCCGGUGGCGGGGUUCACGACGCUUCUCCACCGGUCAGCAGCAGCAGCGUGAGUAGGCGCCGCGCCCCCUCCUCGGUGACCCCCCUCUCGUGGGAGAAGCACAGCGCCGCCGCCGCCAUGUCGAGCAUCACCAUCGACCCCGAGCUCAAGCCCGGGGAGUUCGUCAUCAAGAGUCUGUUCGCCGAGUUCGCCGUGCUGGCCGAGAAGAAGAUCGAGACGGUGAUGGCCGAGCCGCUGGAGAAACCUCUGUCCCGAUCCCUCCAGAGAGGGGAAGAUGCACAAUUUGACCAGUUAAUAAGCUCUAUGAGCUCAAUAGCAGAACACUGUUUGCCCUCCCUCCUGCGCACGCUGUUCGACUGGUACCGGAGGCAGAGCGGCACCGAGGACGAGUCCUACGAGUACCGGCCUCGCUCCAGCACCAAGUCCAAAGGAGACGAGCAGCACCGGGACAAAGACUACCUUCUGGAGCGGAGGGACUUAUCCAUAGAUUUCAUUUUUUGUUUAGUUUCGGUAGAAGUUCUGAAACAGAUUCCUCUUCACCCGGUGCCAGAUGUUCUAGUACACGAAGUCCUGAACCUGGCAUUCAAGCACUUUAAACACAAAGAGGGGUACUGUGGCCCAAACACUGGCAAUGUGCACAUCAUCGCAGACCUGUACGCCGAGGUCAUCGGAAUCCUGACGCAGUCAAAGUUUCAGGCGGUGAGGAAGAAGUUCAUCACAGAACUGAAGGAGCUCCGGCUGAAGGAGCAGAGUCCCUACGUGGUCCAGAGCGUCAUCAGCCUCAUCAUGGGCAUGAAGUUCUUCCGGGUUAAAAUGUAUCCUGUGGAGGAUUUUGAGGCUUCUUUCCAGUUCAUGCAGGAGUGCGCCCAGUAUUUCCUGGAGGUCAAGGACAAGGACAUAAAGCACGCCCUCGCCGGCCUCUUCGUGGAGAUCCUCAUCCCCGUCGCCGCGGCCGUGAAGAACGAGGUCAACGUGCCGUGCCUGAAGAACUUUGUGGAGAUGCUGUACCAGACGACCUUUGAACUCAGUUCCAGAAAGAAGCACUCUUUGGCUCUGUAUCCUCUGGUGACCUGCCUGCUGUGUGUCAGUCAGAAGCAGUUCUUCCUCAACAACUGGCACAUCUUCCUCCAGAACUGCCUCUCGCACCUGAAGAUGCCGUCUAACAACAGCAUCCGAAAGCAGAUUGAGACGCUGCAGAACAAAGACCCCAAAAUGUCCCGCGUGGCUCUGGAGUCGCUCUACAGACUGCUGUGGGUUUACAUCAUCAGGAUCAAGUGUGAGAGUAACACUGUCACACAGAGUCGACUACUCAGCAUCGUUUCAGCACUUUUCCCCAAAGGCUCCCGCAGUGUGGUGCCCAGGGACACGCCGCUCAACAUCUUCGUCAAGAUCAUCCAGUUCAUCGCUCAGGAAAGACUGGACUUCGCUAUGAAGGAGAUCAUCUACGACCUCCUGUGCGUGGGCAAGUCUCACAAGACCUUCGCCAUCAACCCGGAGAGGAUGAACAUCGGCCUGCGAGCCUUCCUGGUGAUCGCCGACAGCCUCCAGCAGAAAGACGGGGAGCCUCCGAUGCCCACGACCGGGAUCAUCAUGCCCUCCGGCAACACCAUGCGCGUCAAGAAGAUCUUCCUCAACACCACCCUCACGGACGAGGAAGCCAAGGGCAUCGGCAUGUCGGUGUACUACCCUCAAGUAAGAAAGGCCUUAGAUAACAUCCUGCGACACCUGGACAAGGAGGUGGGCCGCUCCAUGAGCAUGACCAACGUACAGAUGUCCAACAAGGAGCCCGAGGACAUGAUAACGGGCGAGAGGAAGCCAAAGAUCGAUCUGUUCCGUACGUGCGUGGCCGCCAUCCCGCGACUGAUCCCGGACGGCAUGAGCAGACAAGACCUCAUCGAGCUUCUAGCCAAACUGACCAUCCACAUGGACGAGGAGCUGCGCGGCCUGGCCUUCACGACCCUCCAGGCCCUGAUGGUGGAUUUCCCGGAGUGGCGCGAGGACGUCCUCUCGGGCUUCGCGUACUUCAUCGUGCGCGAGGUGACGGACGUCCACCCCACGCUGCUGGACAACGCCGUCAAGAUGCUGCUGCAGCUCCUCAGCCAAUGGCGGCAGGCGGUGCAGAGCAGCAACAAGAGCCACGACGCCAAGGGCUCGAGCGGCGGCCAUUCUCUGUCCCUGGAGCGCACCCCUCUGCUGGGCGUGCUGCACGUGGUGGAGGGUUUGGCUCUGGCGGUGCUCUGUAGCUGCCGCCCGGCCACGAGGCGGCUGGCUGUCAACGUCCUGAAGGAGGUCCGCGCGCUGCACACGGCACUGGGCAUCGGCAAGGGGGACGAGGAGCUGGCCAUAGACGUGAUGGACCGAUUGAGUGCUUCGGUGUUGGAGAGCUUCAUUCACCUCACAGGAGCUGACCAGAGCAACCUGCUGUACUGCCCCAGUGGCAUCGACCUGCAGACGCUGGCGGAGUGGAGCUCGUCUCCCAUCAGCCACCAGUUCGACGUGGUGAGCCCGUCGCACAUCUGGGUGUUUGCCCACGUCACUCAGGGCCAGGACCCCUGGGUCAUCAGCUUCUCCAGCUACCUGCGGCAGGAGAACCUGCCCAAACAUUGCCCCACCGCCCUCAACUACGCCUGGAUGUUCGCCUACACGCGCCUGCAGCUGCUGUCUCCGCAAGUCGACAUCAACAGCCCCAUCAACGCCAAGAAGCUGAACAGUCUGAACAGCAGCGACUCCUACAUCGGCCUCUGGAGGAACUACCUGAUUCUGUGCUGCAGCUCCGCCUCCUCCUCGCCCUCCAUGUCCUCCUCGUCCUCCACCUCCGGCUCCGUCCGCUGCUCCCCGCCUGAGACGCUGGCGUCCACGCCGGACAGCGGCUACUGUUACGAUUCGAAGAUCGUUGGUACUCCGUCCCCCUCCUCCCUCUUCAAACACAUCGUUCCGAUGAUGCGCUCCGAGUGCAUGGACAUCACAGAGUCUCUGGUGUUGGGGCUUGGCAGGACCAACCCCGUGGCCUUCAGAGAGCUGAUAGAGGAGCUCAACCCCAUCAUCAAAGAAGCCCUGGAAAGAAGACCUGAAAACAUGAAGCGGCGCAGGCGGCGCGACAUCCUCAGGGUCCAGCUGGUCCGGAUAUUUGAGCUGCUGGCCGACGGCGGCGUCAUCAGCCAGAUAACCAGCGGCGGGUUGGACGGGGAGAGCCACUCUCUGAACAGCACGCUGCUGGAGUACGUGGACCUGACCAGGCAGCUGCUGGAGGCCGAGAACGACAAGGACUCGGACACGCUGAAGGACAUCCGCUGCCACUUCAGCGCGCUGGUGGCCAACAUCAUUCAGAACGUCCCGGUGCACCAGAGGAGGACCAUCUUCCCCCAGCAGUCGCUGAGACACAGCCUGUUCAUGCUGUUCAGCCACUGGGCCGGCCCCUUCAGCAUCAUGUUCACGCCUCUGGACCGCUACAGCGACAGGAACAUGCAGAUCAACCGGCACCAGUACUGUGCACUGAAGGCCAUGUCUGCGGUGUUGUGUUGUGGCCCCGUCGCCGACAACGUUGGCCUCUCCUCCGACGGAUACCUCUACAAGUGGCUGGACAACAUCCUGGAUUCUCAGGACAAGAAGGUCCACCAGCUGGGCUGCGAGGCCGUGAUGCUGCUGCUGGAGCUGAACCCGGACCAGAGCAACCUCAUGUUCUGGGCCGUGGACCGCUGCUACACCGGCUCCCGCCGCGUGGCCGCCGGCUGCUUCAGGGCCAUCGCCAACGUCUUCCACAACAGGGAUUACCAAUUCGACACGGUGGUGCUGCUAAACCUGAUUCUGUUCAAGGCGGCCGAUUCCUCCAGGGAGAUCUACGAGGUGGCCAUGCAGCUGUUGCAGAUCCUGGAGCCCAAGCUCUUCCGCUACGCCCACAAGCUGGAGAUCCAGCGAACGGACGGCAUCUUGACUCCUCCCUCGCCGCUGCCGCACCUCUACUCCGUGUCUUACUACCAGCUGUCCGAGGAGCUCGCCAGGACUUACCCGGAGCUCACGCUGCCCAUCUUCUCAGAGGUGAGCCAGCGGAUCCAGACGGCGCACCCCGGCGGGCGCCAGGUCAUGCUUCACUACCUCCUGCCGUGGAUGAACAACGUGGAGCUGGUCGACUUCAAAGCGGCCGCGCGGCGUCCGGAGGACGGCGGCGGCGGCGGCGGCGAGGAGGACGAGGACGAGCGGGACACCACGAUGGUCAACAGCCGGCGCUGGCUGCGCGGAGAGGGCUGGGGCUCGCCUCGCGCCACCACCAUGGUGCUCAACAACCUCAUGUUCAUGACCGCCAAGUACGGAGACGAGUUCGCCUGGUCGGAGAUCGAGAACGUUUGGACCACUUUGGCCGACAGCUGGCCGAAGAACCUCAAAAUCAUUCUGCAGUUCCUCAUCAGCAUGUCGGGAGUCGGCAGUGAACCCAGCCUCUUGCCCUACGUGAAGCGGGUCGUGGUCUACCUGGGCAGAGACAAGACGAUGCAGCUGCUCGAGGAGUUGAUGUUCGAGCUCGAGUUGACCGAUCCCGUUUGCUCGGCUGUCACUCACAUGGACAACCCGCCCUUCUACCGCAUCACCUCCAGUUACAAGAUCCCCUCAGUCACCUCAGGAACAACCUCCAGCACCAACACCAUGGUGCCAGGAAACGAGGGUCAUCACGACAGCAAGAUCAAAGACUCCAACAUGGAGGACAGCUACACCCACCUGGACAUCUACAGCGGGCUGAACAGCAACCUGAACCGCCAGCACCACCGUCUGGAGUCGCGCUACAGCAGCAGCUCCGGAGGCUCCUACGAAGAAGAGAAGAGCGACUCCAUGCCUCUUUACGCCAACUGGCGUCUGAAGGUGAUGGAUCACAACCGGCCGGAGCCGCUGCCCUUCCCCCCUACGGGGGGCUGCUGGUCUCCCCUUGUGGACUACCUGCCGGAGACCAAUUCCCCUGGUGUGCCGCUCCACAGAUGCAACAUCGCAGUCAUCCUGCUCACAGACCUGAUCGUGGACCACGGGGUCAAAGUGGAGUGGAGUGCCUACCUGCACCUCUUGCUCCAUUCAAUCUUUAUAGGGUUUGACCACCAGCACCCGGAGGUGUACGAGCACUGCAAGCGUCUUCUGCUUCACCUGCUCGUCGUCCAGGGAGCGAACAGCAGCGUCCAGUCUGUGGCCAUGGUGCUGUUACGCAACCGAGACUACAACGAGCCGAGGGUCCUGACCGUGAAGCCCGUAGCUCCGGAGAUCAACCUCACGGGAGUGCAGGAGCUGUUGUCAGACUGUCAGCCGUCCCCCAUGACGGACUCCGGCCUCAGCUCCAGCUCCACCUCCUCCAGCAUUAGUCUCGGUGCGGGCGGAGCCGGCCUCCCCCACCUCGCCCCCCCGCUCCUCAGUGAGGUCGAUGCCACUGCUGAACAGGACGAGAAGGUCAAGUCUCUCAUCGAGUUCAUCACCUCGAGGAAACGCGGCCCGCUCUGGAACCACGAGGACGUGUCGCCCAAGAACCCCAACAUCAAGAGCGCCGAGCAGCUGAGCGUGUUUGUCCGACACGUCGCGACCGUCUUCAAACAUUCCCCCUCAGGUUUCCAGCUGGAGUCGUUGCUGAGUGAGGUCGCCCUCCAGACGGCGCUGUCUUGCUCUUCUCGCCACUACGCCGGCCGCUCGUUCCAGAUCUUCCGGGCGCUCAAGCAACCCCUGACCCUGGCCACGCUGUCCGACAUCCUGUCUCGGCUGGUCGAGACCGUCGGGGACCCGGGAGAGGAGGCUCAGGGCUUCGUCAUCGAGCUGCUCUUGACUCUGGAGUCGGGCAUCGACACGCUGGCCGACACGGUGAAGAACUACGACCUCCUCACGGCCUUGGCGCAGACCUCCGCCCGCGAUCACCUGCUGGGGCCCAAGUUCGCCGCCAACAGGAAGAGCACCGGGCAGCUGAACCUGAGCAGCGGCGGCCUCUUCCACAACGCUCACACCCGCAGCAGCUCCCUGCGCGCCAGCCUGAUGGGCGAGCGCAAGGCCGACCGGCGUCGGAGCAACACCCUGGACGUGGCCGACCGGCUCGCCGGCAGCCACGGGAACCUGGCGCGCACGCGGAGCUUAUCGUCGCUGGGUGGCGCCGGGGGUCCAGGAGGGGACGCCAUCCCCCCCGUGGACCCUUCGAACCUGAUGGCCACCGUGUUCUGGAUCGCCGCCUCGCUGCUGGAGUCGGACUACGAGUUCGAGUACCUGCUGGCCCUGCGGCUCCUGAACAAGCUGCUGGGCCAGCUGCCUCUGGACCGCGUGGACAGCAGGGAGCGCCUGGAGAAGGUGCAGGCCAAGCUCAAGUGGUACAGCUUCCCCGGGCUGCUGCAGCUCUUCCUGAAGGGCUUCACCUCGGCGUCCACUCAGGAGCUCACCAUCCACCUGCUCAGCAAGCUCAUCAGCGUCUCCAGACAGACGCUGGUGGACCCGUCGCAAGUGGCAGGCUUCCCCCUGAACAUCCUGUGCCUGCUGCCGCAUCUCAUCCAGCACUUUGACAGCCCGACUCCGUUCUGCAAGGAGACGGCCGACAAGAUCGCCAAGCUGUGCGCGGAGGAGAAGUCGGCCACGCUCUCCAACCUCGCCCACAUGCUGAGCCUCUACAGCACGCACAGCUACUCCCGCGACUGCACCAACUGGAUCAACGUGGUCUGCCGCUACCUCCACGACGCCUUCGCCGACAUCACCCUGAACCUGGUCACCUACUUGGCGGAGUUGCUGGAGAAGGGCCUUCCCAGCAUGCAGCAGUCCUUGCUGCAGAUCAUCCACAGCCUGCUGAGCCACAUCGACCUAUCGGCCGCCCCCGUCAAGCAGUUCAACCUGGAGAUCAUGAAGAUCAUCAGCAAAUAUGUCCAGAGCCCCCAUUGGAAGGAGGCCCAGAACAUUCUGAAGCUGGUGGUGUCGCGCUCGGCCAGCCUCGUCGUCCCCGACGACGUGCAGCGCUCCUACAGCACCGAGUCCUGCGGCUCUCCAGAAAUCGCCUUCACGCGCAUAUUCAACAACUCUUCGAAGGAGCUGCCCGGCAAAACUCUGGACUUCCACUUUGACAUCUCGGAGACGCCAAUCAUAGGGCACAAAUACGGUGACCAGCGCACGGCGCCGGGCCGGAACGGAAAGCCGCAGGUGAUCGCCGUGACGAGGAGCACCUCCUCCACGUCGUCGGGCUCCAACUCCAACGGGCUGGUGCCAGUAAGCUGGAAGAGGCCUCAACUCUCACAGAGAAGAACCAGAGAGAGGCUGAUGAACGUCCUGUCUUUAUGCGGCCCGGAGUCCGGCAUUCCCAAAAACCCAUCUGUAAGACUCCUCUCCUACUCUAAAGCCUCUGACCAGGUGGUGUUCUCGUCCAACGAGGACCUGGACUCUGCUGACCAGCAGACCAGCCUCAUACCCACGGUGGAGGAGGUGGUCCGAGAAGAGGAGCUGCAGGGAGAGGACACCGGCAGUGAGCAGCAGUUUGGCGUCUUCAAGGACUUUGACUUCUUAGACGUGGAGCUGGAGGAUGCCGAGGGGGAGAGCAUGGACAACUUCAACUGGGGGGUGCGGCGCCGCUCCCUGGAGAGCAUGGACAAAGGGGACACGCCCUCUCUGCAGGAGUGCCAGUACGCCGGCAGCACGCCGAGCCUCAACCUCACCAACCACGAGGACACGGACGAGUCGUCCGAGGAGGAGGUGCUGAGCGCCAGCCAGACCCUCACCCGCUCCGGCCUCCUCAACAGUGACUCCGCCACCGACGACCCGUCCUCCAACCACGUGGACGCCCUGCAGCGCUCUCAGGAGGCGUCCAGCACCGCCGCCGCCCUGACCGAGGAGGCUCCGCCCCCCCCGCCCGCCACGCCCUCCCUCCCUCGACCGGAUAGCCCCCUUUUGGAGACGGCCCACUCAGACGGCAGACGGCUGCCUGAGGACGCCGCGAGCGUGACGGCGGCGGACGAGCUGAGCAGCAGCGUGAGCGAGGACACGGGGUUCUGCAGCGCCCCCCCUCUGCCCUCUGACCCCUCGGAGCUGUGUGACCUCCCGGACUCGCGGGACCCUCAGGAUGCUCGGGAACCCCAGGAGACCCGGGACCCUCAGGAAGACCUGGAUCCGGCACCCCCUCCCCCGCCGGCCAUAGACACUCCGCCGGGGUCCCUCUGUGAGGAGGACCCCCACACGGUCCUGCCCCUAUUGCUGCCCUUGCCCAUGUCACCGGAGACUAAGCCGGACCCGGACCCGGACCCGGACAGCACCUGUGGCUCCGGGUGGGAGGAAGACGUGACCCAGGCCCUGAAGGAGCUGGAUGAGCGCUGUGAGGAAGAGGAGGCCGACUACUCCAGCAUGUCCAGUCAGGAUGAAGGCGAUGCAGACUGCUUUCCGGAGGUCCAGGCCUCUCCGCCCCCUUCGCCCUUCCUCUCCGCCAUCCUGGCGGCGUUCCAGCCCGCCGCUUACGACGACGAGGAGGACGCCUGGCGUUGCCACGUCAACCAGAUGCUGUCGGACACGGACGGCUCCUCUGCCGUUUACACGUUCCACGUGUUCUCCAGACUCUUUCAGAGCAUUCAGAGGAAGUUUGGCUCCGUUACUCACGCCUCCGUCCGCUUCCUCGGGGAUCGGCUCCAGCGAAUGGGCAACCAGUUCCUCAGCUCCCUGGAGGUCAUGACCUCUCGCUCGCGGUGCCCCACCGUGCUGCUGGACGCAGAGACGCUGGUCUCUUGUGGACUGUUGGAGACUCUGAAGUUUAGUGUGCUGGAGUUGCAGGAACACCUGGACACCUACAACGCCAAGAGGGAGGCGGCAGAACUCUGGCUGGAGAACUGCAGGAAAACCUUUGGGGAGAAAGACGGCAGCCAACAACCCAACACUCACGCACAGCAAAUGGAAAAUCUAGCAGAGCUCGAGUUGUGUCGCCGGCUCUACAAGCUGCACUUCCAGCUGCUGCUGCUCUUCCAGUCCUACUGCAAGCUCAUCAGCAGGGUGGACGCCAUCAAGAGGGAGGCCCAGGUGACCAACAUGUCUGACGAGCUCACCCUCCUGGAGGGUUGUCUGAAGGAGGCCGAGACGGGGAACGAUGGCCAGGAGGACGUGUGCAUGUCGGACUCUCCCCCGACCAACACCGAGACGGCCAUCCAGUCCCUCCUCGAAACCUUGAGAGCCAGAGACUUCGGCUCUGCACUCACACAGGUCAAAGUCUUCAGGUCUCUGUGGCCCGACGACAUCUUCGGCAACGGGGCGGACGACGCGGUCCAGACCCUCCUGCACAUCUACUUCCGCCACCAGACGCUGGGCCAGACCGGCUGCCUGGCGGUGGUCGGGCCCAGCAGGGACCCGACUCAGGCCAGCGCCCGCCUCACGGAGCUCAACCUGCAGAUCCGAGAGGCCCUGAGCCGGGCGCAGGCCUGCCAGCCCCUCGCCACCACCAUGGUCAGCACUGGACUGUGAGAGCUAGUGGUUCUGGACUAGACUGGACUAGUAUUACAACCCCCCCCCCCCCCCUCCCCAUGCUCUACACAGACCUCACCUCAGCUGUAGAGAGAGAGGGUAGACGGCGAGGGGCUCCACCUAUAAAGGGCUAACGGAUGAGUGGGAAUAACUGUGACUCUUAAUAUAUAUUAUUAUUACGUAUGAAUGCUUUAAAGCUGACAUCUUUUCCCCGGAUCGACCCAAACGUGCAAAGAAUUCAGUUGCAAUAAGUCGCGUUGUGGUUUCUUCCCCAUGGAAAUAAAUAGAGAGGACGCAGUGGGGCGAUAACUUGUAUUUUUAUUUUAUUUUUGCUGGAUCGAACCUGAUCACACCGAUUGGAGGCCUCCUCGAGGGGUGGGGGGGGGGGGGGCGAAUUGGGUGGUCCGGAUGAUGCAACAGAAGCAUGCCGUCAAGAUUCGUCUGCAAAAAAAAAACGCAGGAGAAAAUAUCUUGUUUCAAAAGUUUUUUUGUUUUUGUUUUUUUCAAAAGAAAGCUUGAAAGAGGGAAAAGAAGAAAAAAACAAAAAAAACACUGCAAGAAUAUUUUUUUGAGAAAUGUAUUUUUUAUUAGAGCUAACAAUCCUAAGUUGUAAAAUGUUAGGAUAUUUAACACGGUAGCCCUGUGGGAGACGUUUUGCCUUUCAGGGAGUGUAAAAAGAGAAAUAUAUAUAUAUAUCUGUUUAUUGAUCUGCUUUGAGGAGCGUCAACAGGUCGCCACGCAAAACAAACAACUCACUCUUUAACCAAAUAAGUAGCUGCCUUUAGAGACUGUGGUUCUGUACUGGAUGUUCUGGUGCACACACACACGCA